AGAAAAAACACCCAGAAACACGCAAGGUAGCCCGGGGUGGAGUCAGCAGCCUCAGUCCUUGAGCUCACUGUGAUUUCUCUGGCCUCCAGAUACACACGGCCAUCCGAGAGACCUUUAUCAGAGUAAAAAGUGUAUUGGAAACAGAAGACCUUUAGGAGUAUUUCCUAAACAUUUAAUCGCUUUAUUCUACGGAAGAUCACAGAAACGGCAGCAUGGGGGUCUAUGAGGAGAAGAAGGAAACAUGUGGAACCAUCUGCCUGAAAUACCUCCUGUUUGCCUUCAACUUUCUCUUUUGGCUGGCAGGUGGCGUAGUGAUGGCGGUGGGUGUUUGGACCUUGCUUGAGAAGAGCGACUACAUCAGCCUCCUCUCCUCCAAGACCUACGCUGCCUCCGCCUACAUACUGGUCCUGGCUGGAGCCAUCGUCAUGGUAACAGGCGUGCUGGGCUGCUGUGCCACCUUCAAGGAGCAGAGGAGGCUACUGCGAGUGGAUCGUAUCGGUCGUCCGUCAGAAACCGGUAUUAUUGGAAUUGUAGACCCAGAGUGCCGUAUGAUUGGCCUGCGGCUGUAUGACGGGUUGUUCAAGGUGAUCCCAUUGGACCGGGACAACCGUGAGCUCAAGGCCUUCAACAUCAGACUGGAGGAGCUGCAGGUCAUCGAUGUUCACUUCCUGUACGGCUGCCAGGCCCCCACCGUCUGCUUCAUCUACCAG